AUUCACUCGCACUCGAAUUCACCGGUAUCGAUAAUUGACAGUACUGUACUUUUGCGGGAAAACGUUGAGAAAAGUUGAUUUCGAAUAUUAAUUAAAAUUAUUGCGUGCUUCGAACGAUAGUUUCUUUCUUUACUGUCAAGGAUGGAUAAAGUCGACGAACCUCCAACUGUAGAUAUUCCACAUACCCAUAAAUAUGCAGGUCUUGCUGCUAGUUGGAUAAAUAGUAAUAAGAUUAGUCUAUACACUUGUAAAAAUUUACAUGAGAAACAUCAUGGAAAAUAUGACUCGACGAUACAUAUUUUAAAACCAGAAGUAAUCUUAUUUACACCACAAUUACGUAAACUUGUAAAUGAAAGCAAUGGUGUCUUCUUAUCUAUUCAAAAAAUAAAAUCAUCUUCUGGCGAUGUUAGAUCAGAGCUUCUGAAACAUAGCAAACAGUAUCGAUCUAUUUUAAGAGCAUGUAUAGAAAGUUUACAGGACAUAUCUGGAAAAGCUUUAUCCGACAAAAGAGAAUUACUAGAAAACUUAUUAACUAUCUUUUAUCAAAUUGAGUGUGUGUGGCAUCUGACUGAAAUUCUUUAUGUAGACAUAGUACCAGGUGAUGUAGUUUUGCCACAGUUGCUAGAGUGGAUUCAAUUUCAUUUUCCAUCUAGAGAACUUAUGGCAAUGAAAAUAUUAGCCCAAAAAACAAUUGGUGCUGAUUUAGAACACACGAAUUAUUGGGAAGCAGUAAAGGGAUGUGCAUUACAUGGAAAGCUAGAUUUGGUACGAGCACUUUUAGCAUUACAUAGUAAAGCAGAUCAUUCAGCUUUUAUAUUGGCUGAAAAUGCACUUAAAACUAUGCCUGUGUAUAAUGUAUAUGGUGGCUACUCUAUAAAUGAAUUUAGUGUUCGUUGGAAACAUUGGCAACUAGAACUAUCUUCAAAUCUAAAUAAUAAAGCUUUUAUUAUUGAUCCCGAAUUAGAAAUGAUUAUGAAGUUAAUCGUAGGAGAACAAGAAAUACUACGACACUUUUCAUCUUAUACAGAUGCUUGGUACGAAUUAUUGGCAGCAGAAUUAUUUUAUACAUCCCCGUGUUGCAAACAACCAGAACUUUCACAUCAUGCAAACAGUAUUUUCAAUAGAUGGCAAGUUAACAGACCUUCUGAUAAUGCUAUACGUGCUUUAAUGGAAAGUGAUUUACAUCAAGUUAUUAAAGAAAUACAGUACAUGGGUGAUAAUGGAUGGUUUGCAACACAUUUAGUAGACUUACUUUGUACUUGUGGAAGACUUAAAAUUUUAGACAAAGAUCAAGUCGAGGUCACUAAUCGACUUCACGAAUCUCUUAUUUUGGAGUAUGGCAGUGCAUUGAUGGGACAUCAUUCUUUAUGGCAAUGCGGUGCAAGUUAUUUAAUGUAUUGUCCAACUCAAGGUUUAGCUAGACUUGAGAUAUUGUUACAAUCACUGCCAAUGGGAACAGAAGCAAGGAUAAACAAGAUAAUAGACAUAGCAGAAGAUAACAAAAUGGACGAUAUUGUUACUAGCAUAUGCAAAAUCCAAGGAAUAGAAUGUAUAAAACAAGAAAGACUUGGAAAUGCACUUGCCUGGGCAUUAAAAGCAAGAGACAGUGGUUUCAUAACGUACAUCGCUGAUCAGUUUCUGAAGCAAUAUUCGGAAACUGGACAAUUGGAAUGUCGCGAUCUAUUAGAAAAUUUAGGUUCCUGUAUGAUGGCAAGUGAUAGACUCAUCUUUUUGGGAAAAUAUUGUGAAUUUCAUCAAAUGUACGGAAUUGGAGAAUUUAAAGAAGCAGCAAGUUUAUUAGUAUCCCUUUUAGUUUCAGAUUUAACACCAAAAUACUUCUGGUCGAUACUUUUAUCAGAUGCUAUUCCAUUAUUAGAAGCCAAAGAUGUAAUUCUGUCUUCCAGUGAUUGUUUUGAGUUGUUACGUUGCGUAGAGGCGCAUGGGGAUGACGCGAAGUUUGAAGAUAAAAUUGAAAUCUUUCGAUUAGCAGUCGCUAGAAACUUAGCUCGAGCAUUGAGUCUCGAAGGCUCUGAAGUGAAACAUUAGAAUGUCUAUUACCUUUUAGUAUGUUAAAUUUUCUAAUGUUUAAAUAUACAAAAUACCACAUUUUUUAUAUUUACUGUAUUUUUAUACAUUUUAUUUAUUAUAUAAACAACGUCACCCAUAUAAAUAUUUAAAAAAAUAAAAAAAUAAAAAUUGUAAAAUAAAGAUUUUAUAACAUGA